CAAUGGGUUGCCUAUGAGACUUCUCAACAUGCGUCCAAUCGUAUUAUGGGUUCUAGGACUACAAGUCCCAGAGUUCAUAGCCUCGCAUCGUCCACCCAACCAGUGAGCGAGGAGCCCCUCUCUCUAUCUCGCAGUGUAGUUCAUAGUGACAUAGACCGUUGCCUUAUCGAAUUAAUACAAUAAGCCAAUAAAGUCACUCUUUCUCUCAAAAACGUGAACGACCACAAUAAUAGCGAGGCUAAUCUAAUACGCUCAACGUGUAGGAGGACCGUGGUGGUGUGCCGGGUCGGCUAUCUGCUGGAUACAAGGGAUAACACUCUUAAAGAGGCUGAACAAAACAAGAGGAAUGAAGCCAAGUAGCGUAUUAACGCAGUAGUUAUGGAUCGACCGGUGCUGCGCAGUAGACACUCCAACGCUUGUUGUUUACCCUUUUCAUCCAUUCCCAAGACAGCACCAGCAGUGUUUGAAUGAAACGUGACGACUCUUUGAUUCGCCACAGUGGUUCUCUGGGUGGAGUUGGCCUGCGCUCGGUGCAGGACAGAAGCGGUCCAAUGACGCGGUACCCGGGGACAUAGAGAAGAGUUAAGACAUGGCCUGCUGUCCGGACCCCUGGUGGCCCAGGGUGACAGUGCGUCAUGAGUACAUGGGAUGCAGGUCCUACUGCCUGUCCCACUCCACAUCUGUGGGAGAUGUGAAGCAACGCCUUUAUGAGGAGACCGACCUGCCUGUCACAGAGCAGCGGCUUGUUCACAAUGGAAGAGCGUUGGAUGAUGGUAUCCAGAUUGGGACCCUUCUGCUACCUGGGAGUCCAGAAGUUUCCGUCACGCUAGAAGGAAUGGGUCUGAAGGGAGGAGGGAGGUUUGGCCAGACAACACCCCCACUGGUGGAAUUCUUGAAAGACAUCCUGAGAAGGUAUCCAGAAGGUGGACAGAUUCUUAAAGAAUUGAUUCAGAAUGCAGAGGAUGCUGGAGCAACAGAGGUCAAGUUCAUGUUUGAUGAGACAGAGUAUGGAGUGGAAUCACUGUGGUCACCUGAUAUGGCUCAAUAUCAAGGCCCAGCUUUGUAUGUGUACAACGAUGCAGUGUUUACGGGAGAAGAUUGGAACGGAAUUCAGGAGAUUGCCAGAAGCAGGAAGAGAGAAGAUCCAUUGAAAGUAGGCCGAUUUGGCAUUGGCUUCAACUCCGUCUACCAUAUUACAGAUGUUCCCAGUAUCUUCAGUAGUGAACAGAUCGGCAUGUUGGACCCACACCAGACCCUGUUCGGAGUGCAUGAGUCAGGCCAGUGCUGGAAUCUAAAGACAGACAUUAAAGAGGUGACCGAACUCGCUGACCAGUUUGCACCUUACUUUGGAAUAUUCGGGAGCUCUGAGAAAGCCAUCAAGGACGGCAGCUUUCCCGGAACACUCUUCCGCUUCCCACUUCGCAUGAAACCCUCGCAGCUCAGCAGUAACAUCUACAACAAAGAGAAGAUCCUUGAGCUCUUUGAUUCCUUCAAAGCCGACGCAGACACCGUGCUGCUCUUCCUCAAGAGUGUCCAGAAGGUGUCUCUACACAUCCGCGAGUCAGACGGCACGGAGCGAAUGCUAUUUCAGGUCACCGCCAUGGAGAAUGCGGAUGAUAAGUCAGAGAAGCCAAACUCCUUGAAGACGCUGGGCCAGGCCAUAGACUGCUACAGCAAUGGGGUGCCCAGCUCCACCAUCACGUGUGCCACGUACCAACUGAACAUUGAAACGCAGGACGAGAUGGUCAAGGAGACCCAGAGGACCACCUGGCUGGUCUGUAACGGGGUCGGGGGACGAGGGAUGUCCACGGAGCUGGACUCUCUGGCAGAAGACCUGAAGUUCAUCCCUGCCGUCGGCAUCGCGCUGCCUCUGACCGUAAUCAAGGAAGAGGAAGGGGCCUCCUCCGGUUUCGAAGGGCGAGCCUUCUGCUUCCUCCCUCUGCCCCCCGGGGAGGAGAGCGUGACCGGCCUGCCGGUGCACGUCAGCGGCUUCUUCGGCCUCACGGACAACCGUCGGAGCAUCAAGUGGCGCGAGGUGGACCAGUGGAGGGACCCGGCAGCCCUGUGGAACGAGCUGCUCAUCGUGAACAUCAUUCCCAGGGCUUACUUCACGCUCAUCAUGGAAGUCAUUAGAAGGGUACAGAUAAAGAAAGACCAAGACUUUCCCCUCUCCCCUAAAGAGACGUACCUAGCCUGGCCGGAUCCCCACCGAGUCAAGGCCCGCUGGAAGCCCAUCCUCCAGCCUUUGCUCCAGGAGCUGCUGCAGCAGCAGGUCAUCUACUCCCUGAGUCAGAGCUGGAUACGGGCAGACGAGGCUGUCUUCUCGGAGCUGGACUCAGGAAACAACGUCUCGGACACGGUGAUCAGCUACCUUCAGAGCACGGGAAUGCAGGUGGCCGCGGUGCCCGCUGCCAUCGAUGCAGUGUUGGCUACACAUGUGUCUCGUCCCAGCGAGGUGAGGAAGGUGAGCCCUCACUUGGUGAGGCAGGUGAUCCGGAAGUCCAAACACAAAGGCCCAGCCCAGGAGAAGCUACUGCUUCUGGAGUUUGUGCUGAGUGACAGUUGCUACGGGGACCUCAUUGGGCUGGAGCUACUCCCACUACAAGAUGAGACGUUUGUGAUGUUUUCCUCCUCCAUCAGUGAAAAGGAUGCAAUUUAUGUUGCAUCUGAUGACUACCCCAGAGCUCUGUUUCCAGGACUGGACAACCGAUUUAUCUUGGCGAGCAUUAGUCCCUCAGUAAUGGACAGUCUGAAGAACGCAGCCAAAAGUAGAGUGUCACAAUAUCUUUGGGGGUGUACUGGAAGGGCCUGCACUCAGGUAGCAGUGCUGACUCCUGAAAGAUCGGCUCGACUCCUUAAGGAGAUCCUGUCAAGAACAUGGCCGACCAGAGACUUUGCGGUUAACUGGGAACCAGCUAACCCAGAGAAGAAGCAUCCUUCGUUUUCUUGGCUAAAACUGGUUUGGAAGCAUCUGUACAUUCAUUUUUCCGAUGACCUAAGCAUGUUUGAAGACAUGCCUUUGAUUCCAAAUGUGCCACUGGAGGAAAGCAAUGAUAAUGUGGAGCUCCUGCGACUGAAAAUCCCAUCCCCCAUUAUCCUCACAGAUGAGGAGGGGGCCCUGCAUUCUGAAAGCCUUCUUGAAAUCAUGAAAAAGCUUGGGGCAGUUGUGGUAAAAAAGAUGGACCCAUGCUUGCAACACCCCCUCCUAAAGAAUUACAUCCAUCCAUCAAAACCCAGUUACCUGCUUCAAAUUAUGGAUAGAUCUUCAAUGAAGCGAGUGGCAAACCAAGUUUCUUCCUUCUCAGUCAAGGAAAAGGUUGCGCUUAGAGAAUUUCUGGCAGGGCUUGCUGACAUCACUGAGAAGGAAAGGUGCAUGCUUAUUGAACUGAGCAUUUUUGAGAAGGUUGGGCCCUGCUCAGAUAAAGGCACCCCGACAUUUACAUCACUGAGAGGAGCCAGGGCUUUACACCACACCGCCAAGUACCCACCAGAUGUGAAGCUAUCACUAAAUGUUGUGAGCUGCAAUGACGAGGCAUCCAUGCGCCUUGUCAAGAUGGCCAAAAUAGAGCAAGUGAAAACAAGUGAUUUCUUCAGACUUGUUAUUCAAGAUAUCGAGAAGGGAGUCUACUCUAAGGAUGAAAUUACUAAAAUCAUGCUCUGGGCACUUAAACAUCUUUCCUUUCUUAAAAAUGAAAACUCCUCUGUGAUUGGAUGGCUCUCAAAUCUAAAAUUCAUGCAUUCUUCUCUGGGAAAACCUAUCUCGGCCACAGACCUCUUUGAUCCUGAAUUAGAGAUUCUACAGAAUCUGUUCUACAUGGAGGAAAAAAGCAGGUUUCCCACAAGUACCUUCACAACCUCACCUGAUAUCCUCCAUUCACUCCGACAGCUGGGACUGAAAAAUGAAGUGCAGCUUACUGAAAAAGAUGUUGUCCAAGUGGCAAAGAAGAUAGAGGAGCUACAGGGAGGCAAAGAACCUGAGUGGGACUCUGUUGUGAAAAAAGCCCAAACCCUUCUGCAAAUACUUAAUAGACAAACUAAGUUAGUUAAGUCUACAGAAGCACAGACUACAUUGCUGAAGCUAAAAUGGGUUCCGGUCUGCAAAGAAAGACCACUGAAUUACCCCAAAUCUCUUGCUUGGAUGGGAGACACAAGUCAUAUUGGACGUCUAUCUGAAAUGUGUGACAUAUCACAUGCAGUUCUUGUGGGAUCUUCAGUAGCACAUGUUGAGCGCACAUCUGCAGGUAUGAAGAAAGCACUGAAGCUAUGCAUAGAACCUCAGGUCGACCAAGUCCUACAACAUCUACAAGCUGUGAAUGACUGGCAUCAAUCGCAAGCGUUCACAACAGAGGAUUGGUAUCAGUUCCAACAGAUCCUGUUUGAGAUCUACGGCUUCAUGCAAGCUCACCUUGAGGAUGCGAGAGAAGCAAUGAAAUCAUUGCCUUUUGAUUGGGUGUGGACAGGAAAAACCUUCUCAUCACCUGGCCAUACAGUCCUAAAGCCAAUCCCUGACCUGGAUUUGCAGCCUUACCUGUACUCGUUACCAAAGACCAUAAGGAAGUUUCACAAACUCUUCAAGUUCUGUGGCUCAGUUGAAGAGGUUGUGCCAAGCAAUGUGUUUGAGGUCAUCCGCACGGUCCAACAAAGGUGCCAAGAAGAGAUGACCAAAGGAGAAAGCAAACAUGAUCUUUUGCUUUUAAUAAACAUUUUGAGGUGGCUGUACAGCAAUCAGAUACCGGUCAGCAUCGACAUGCAUGUGCCAAUUCUUUGUUACAAGGACCCAAGUAAACUGGCCAUGAAGCCCAUUCAUGAAUGCACCUACUGUGACAUCAAAGUGGAUGAUUUGAAUGACUUACUUGAAGAUGCAUCAGAGCCUAUUAUAUUAGUGCAUGAUGACAUUCCCAUGAAGACGGCAGAGUGGUUAAAAGUACCAUGUCUGAGCACAAGGUUGAUCAAUCCAGAGAACCUUGGCUUUGAGCAAUCAGGUCAGCGUGAACCCCUUACGGUGCGAAUAAAAAACAUACUUGAGGAAUACCCAUCUGUCGCAGACAUUUUCAAAGAGCUUCUCCAGAAUGCUGAUGACGCAAAUGCAACAGAAUGCAGUUUCCUGAUUGACAUGCGAAAGAACACUGACAUCCGAGAGAACCUGUUGGACCCAGGUAUGAUCGCUUGCCACGGGCCCUCCUUGUGGUCCUUCAACAAUUCUGUGUUCUCUGAUACGGAUUUCCUCAACAUAACGAGGUUGGGUGGCUCAAUGAAAAGAUGUGAAGCAGAUAAAGUGGGCAAAUUUGGGUUGGGUUUCAAUUCAGUGUAUCACAUUACUGAUAUCCCCAUCAUCAUGAGCAGAGAAUUCAUGAUCAUGUUUGAUCCAAAUAUCAACCACAUCAGCAAGCACAUUACAGAUAAGUCAAAUCCUGGGAUCAAAAUCAAUUGGAGUAAACAACAGAAAAGGUUGAGAAAAUUCCCAAACCAAUUCAAACCAUUCAUCAAUGUAUUCAACUGUCAACUUCCACUGGCCCAGGAAUCUCCAUACAAAUACGAAGGGACACUCUUUAGGCUCCCAUUCAGGACAGAGCAGGAAGCUUCAGGAAGUGAAAUCAGCACCAUGUACUACAACACCACAGACAUCUAUUCACUUGUUGAUGAGUUCAGCAUAUGCGGCCACCGUCUCAUUUUGUUCACUCAGCAUGUUGGAACAAUGGUAUUGAAAUACCUGAAAUACGAAGAGCCAAACCCUGCUUUGGCCCAAGAUGUGGUCUGCAUCAACAAAAGUGUGUGGUCAUGCAAAGCCUCAUAUGGACCUCUGAGCAUCUUGAAAUCUGCUGCAAAAGUGAUGAAGAAGGUAGCAGCCACCAACAGGGUCCCUGCCGAUGUUCCCAAAUCCGGGUGCAUCAUACGCAUCAUGGUGGAGGAGUUUCACAAUGUCUUCAAGCGCAUUGUAGAUCUCCAGUCCCCGCUCUUCAGAGGCUCUGAGGAAGAUCCAAACCAGUACUUUGAGAUGGCUGCCAAAGGAAUCCAAACCAGAAGACUCACAGAUGAAAUGCCCCAAAAGGCAGUGGACGUCACCAAUUGGCUCAUUUGUUCAUGCAUGGAUUCAACUGAAGCACUGAAGUUUUCCCUGGGAGAGAGUGGGAAAAGACUCGGACUCGUUCCUUGCGGAGGGGUGGCUGUGCUACUUUCCGAGGAGGAGAAUCGGAAAUGGAAAGUCAAGAUUCACGCAAACCCUGUGGGGGAGGUGUUUUGCUACCUACCCCUGAGGAUCAAGACCGGCCUACCAGUCCACAUCAAUGGUUGCUUUGCUGUGACUUCGAACCGCAAAGAGAUCUGGAAGACAGACACUAAAGGCCAUUGGAAUGCUGUGUUCAUGAGACAUGUGAUUGUCCAGGCAUACUUAGCAUCACUCAGUAUGCUACGGUCGAUGGCAGAAAGCGGAGAACUGCUUGACUACAAUUACUAUGCAACGUGGCCUGAUCCAAGUCUUGUGCAUGAUGACUUCACCCUAAUCAGUCAGGGGGUCUACCAGGAAAUCGCCAAAGGAGGUGAGAGUGAUCUUGCAAGGAUGUUUUCCGAUGGAAAAAACUGGGUGUCAAUUCAAUACGUCAGGUUCCUUGAUGACACAUUACUUUGCAGACCAGAAAUUGGACCAGCUGCAUUCAAGAUCUUCUUCAAAUACCUCAAAAUGAGUGGCUCCCAAAACCUCUGUGCGGUUGAAUUGCCCGAUUGGGUGAAGGAGGGUUUUGAUGAUGCAGGGUGCAAAGGAAAGUUGAUGGAAAACACCCUCACAGAGAAGCAGUUCUUCCCUGAGGUAUUUUUUCCGAAUAUCCAAGACAUUGAAAAGGAGCUCAGAGAUCCACUAAUGCAAUAUGUACUGAAUGAAAAACUGGAUGAGUUUGCAGCCAUUCUCAAAGUCACUCCAUGCAUUCCGUGCUCUGAUGUCUCCGAACAGUUAGUUUUGCCUUCGAGGCUCAUCCACCCAGAGGGAAGGGUUGCUAAACUUUACAAUAAAAGUGAUGGAAGGUUUCCUGGAGGAACUUCAAAUGACUACCUGAACCCAGUGUGUUUAGUUAAGCUAGUGCAACUGGGCAUGGUGAAGGAUGAUCUCUCAUGGGAAGACUUGGUUGAACGUGCAGAGUCUGUGACUGAUCUGAACGAAAAUGACCAUGUUGCUGCAUGCUUCCGAAGCAGUAUACUCCUGAGUCUCAUAGAUGAGAAGAUGAAGUUGAAAGACCCAAGAGCAGCUGAACUUUCAGAAAAGCUUCAGGGCAUAACAUUCCUUCCAUUCCUUUCAAGACCUGCAGGGUUUUCACUACCAUGGCAUGGGAAUAACUUCUCCUCAACAACUAUGUUCUGUGCUAGAGAUCUCUUCACUACUGAACAUCAGGACACAGUAUGUCUCAUGAAGCCAAUCCUUAAUGAAAGCUCGCCAUCUUUCAAAGGAUGUGGCCCAAUCUCCUUGGCUGUGAAAGACUUUCUUGGAUUGAUCAGAAAGCCCACCGUGGCCCUAGUUGUCAGUCAACUGAAAGAACUAUCAAAGUCAUUUGAUGGUGUCACUCUGUAUCAGGAAAACAUAACCAAUGCCUGUUACAAGUACCUACACGAGGAGAUGCUACAGGAGGAAAAUUCAAAGGAGCAAAUAGUGGAGGCUCUCAAAACAUUCAACUCCAUUCUGGUAGAGAACACAUAUGUUAAUCCUUCCAAAGUUGCCUUCUCUCUGAAUUUUGAUGCAGCUCCAUAUCUGUAUCAGCUUCCAAACAAGUACAGGAACAGCUGUCGUGAACUCUUUGAAAAUGUUGGCGUUCAUUCAAACUUCACAGUUGAGGACUUCUCUGCCGUCCUUGAACUAGUAAGGCAAGAAUGUGGACGAAGGGCACUCAGUGAGGAGAACUUUCAGCUCUCUCGCAGAAUCAUUAGUGAAGGAAUUUGGAGUUGGAUCCGUGACAAAAGCCAAGAAUUCUGCCAAACUAAUUACAGCCAGAUUCUUCUACCUGACUCUAAUCUGACGCUACAGACAUCCAAAUCCCUGUGCUAUAACGACUGUCCAUGGAUUAAAGUCAGGGACACCACUGUGAAGUACUGUCAUGGAGAUAUUCCGAGAGAAGUCGCUGUGAAAUUAGGAGCAGUUCCCAAACGUCACAAGGCGUUGGAGAGGUAUGCCUCUAAUGUUUGUUUCACUGCACUUGGGAGUGAGUUUGGACAGAAAGAGAAGCUUACAACCAGGAUUAAAAGUAUACUCAAUGCUUAUCCAUCAGAGAAGGAAAUGCUCAAAGAACUUUUGCAAAAUGCAGAUGAUGCAAAAGCAACUGAGAUUUACUUCAUCUUUGAUCCAAGAACCCACCCAACAGAUAGAAUCUUUGACGACAAGUGGGUGCCAAUGCAAGGCCCAUCACUCUGUGUAUUCAACAAUCAACCUUUCACAGAGGAUGAUGUCAGAGGUAUACAGAACCUUGGAAGAGGAACAAAAGAGGCCAAUCCAGGUAAAACUGGACAGUAUGGAAUAGGAUUCAAUUCUGUCUAUCAUAUCACAGACUGCCCCUCCUUCAUCUCAAACAAUGAUAUUCUCUGUAUCUUUGAUCCACAUGCACAAUUUGCACCUGGAGCAACAUCUGCAAGUCCUGGAAGAAUGUUCAGGGAUUUGGACUCUGACUUCAGAUCUCAAUUUUCAGACGUCCUUGGUCUUUACCUUGGAGACCAUUUUAAGUUGGAACGCAGCACAAUGUUCCGCUUCCCCAUACGCUCAAAAGAGAUGGCAAAGUCAUCUGAGAUCAGCUCUGUUCCUGCGUCUGACAGAAUGGUGCAAAACCUUUUGGACAAACUGAAAAGCGACGGUGCCGAGCUUCUGAUGUUUCUGAACCACAUGGAGAAAAUAUCGAUCUGUGAAAUCCAAAAUUCAACGGGUGACCUCAAAGUUUUAUACUCAGUUGCAGCUAAAAUAACAGACGGCGAUCGCCUAAAACGCAAACAGUUUCAUGCCUCUGUCGUUGACAGUGUGACAAAAAAGAAGCCCCUUCCUGCUAUUCCAGUGCAACAGAUCACCUACACAAUGGAUAUAGAGGACACCGAAGGGAAUUUGACCACAUGGAUGAUCUGCAAUCGCUCUGGGUUCCCAAACAUGGAAAAGGUCUCAAAAAGUGUCAUCUCAGCCCACAAAAAUGAAGACGUAACACUAUUUCCUCGUGGAGGUGUAGCUGCAUGUGUGAGCCACAACUACAAAAAACCCCACAGAGCUUUCUGCUUUCUACCGCUCUCACUAGAGACUGGAUUACCGUUUCACGUCAAUGGCCAUUUUGCGUUAGACUCUGCGAGAAGAAACCUAUGGAGAGAUGACAAUGGAGUAGGAGUAAGAAGUGACUGGAACUACAACCUGAUGACAUCCCUGAUUGCACCUGCCUUUGUGGAACUGUUGGUCCAGCUAAAGCGCAGAUACUUCCCAGGUCCUGACCCCACCAUGACUGUCAUUCAAGCAACACCAAUUCAUGUUGUAAAAGAAACAUUGCGCAAAUUCAUGUACUUCUUUCCUGUCAACAGAGUAGACAUACAGCCAGAUUGGUAUUGUUUGGUCAAAGCACUCUACAACUGCAUUCAUGCUGACCUGAAACGUCUGCUUCCUGUGGUCAGAACCCCACAUAUGGACAAUUCUGAUAUGCACUCAGUGAUUUACAUCUCAUGGGUAAACAUGUCCAUUGCAAACAAAGGCAGGGCCUAUUUUGACAACUUGCUCCAAGAUGAGCUUCACCACAUGAAAACUACAGAGUACAACAUCUCUACAAGGAAAUCUGUUGCUGAAAAUGUGUAUCGACUGAAGACAUUACUCCUAGAUAUUGGCUUUCACCUGGUCCACAGUUGUGAUGAGACUUCAGAUCUUUACCUUUGUUUGGAAGAUGCAGGAAUUCCAGUGAGUUAUGUGACUCCAGAGGAUGUCCGGAACUUUCUCCACACAUUCUCAUCGCCAGACUCAUCGUGCCAAAUUGGGAAACUCCCAUGUCGACUCCAGCAGUCCAACUACAAGCUUUUCCACAGUUUAAAACUUCUUGUGGACUACUGCUUCAAAGAGAUUGAGGUGGACGGAAUCCAAAUCCAGGGAUUGCCUCUUUUGUUAACUAUGGACAACAUGCUUCAGGUGUUUGACUCCAAGAGACCAAAGUUCUUGACAGGACAUCAUGAGCUGAUUUCAUCAAGGAAAGAAAUGUUCAUGAACACAUUGUACAUCAAGUAUAGUGACCUCUUGUUGAAAGCUGGUGUGGCAAAGCCCUUUGAUAUCAGUAGUUUGUGUGACCUACUCUGCUCUGUACUUCCAAGAGAGUAUCGCACACGGAUCCCUGUGAAGUGGAGAGAUGGAUUUGCAAGUGAAUCGUGGCUAAAAAGUGCAUGGCACUUCAUUAGCGAAAACAUUGCUGUUAAGGAGGAACAGGCUGAUAGCAAACCUAGUUUCGACAAUGUUCUUGAAAUACUAAAAGACUGGGCACUGUUGCCUGGCAUCAAAUUCAUGGCAAGAGACAAACUUGUCAUUCCAGAGCACGAUGUGCUAUUGCCCCUGAGUUUGAUAAAUGUCGCCAUCUUUCCACAUGGCCAAAAUGACAAAGCCUUUCAUACAUUAAUGAAAGGAGGCUGCAUUCAGCUUGCAGUGAACAAAAUCUGUGUCAAAGAGAACCCAAUGAUGCCUUUUCUGGCAAAGCACACAGCAAGCAUUGAUAACCCACCAAGCAUUCUAAAAGCUGUAGAAUACAUGAUUCAGACGUCAGCAUUCAAACCGGCCAGCCUGAAUGACAAGGACUUUGAGGCUCUUCUGUUGUAUUUUAAUUGCAACCUGGCUAACCUCACACCGGAGGAUGUACAAAGCCUUAAACUCCUUCCAUGUUUCAAAUCAGUCAGUGGGAGACACAUAAGCAUCGCAAACUAUGGGUCUUGCUAUGUUUUAGGAAAAAACAUACCAACCGCAGACAUGGAUAAAUGGGCUCACACAACAGCAUGCGCCUUUCUUGCAGACAAUCCACAAUUGAAGGAGCUGUACAGUUUCCUUGGAUGUAUCCCAAUUGAUGAUUUGGAGGUGUACCUCAAACAUCUCCUGCCGAAGUUUGAAAGUCUUACAUAUGAGGCAAAAAUCGAACACAUUGUUUAUUUGAAGGAGAGACUCAUGUCAAUGGAGGAAUCAUGUGGAAUCAAAGAUCAGCUUUAUGACAAGCUAGAGGGACUUGCUUUCAUCUAUGACUACACAAACAGACUCAAGACCACCAAAACAUUUUAUGACAAGACGAUCCACGUGUUUGAAGUAAUGCUCCCUACCAAGUCGUUCAUCCCUAACGACUUCUUCAGGAAGGUUGAGCAAAUAACAAAGCCCAAAAAUGUGACAACAUUUGUCACAUCAUGGAUCACAUUUCUCAGAAACAUAGGACUCAAGCAUGUUGUUUCUCAGCAACAAGUUCUCCAGUUUGCAAAAGAAGUCAGCAUCAAAGCACAAACAGAAAAUUGGACCAAAGAGAAUGUGCAAGUCAUUGUCGAUGCUCUCCUGAAUCACAUUUUCAAUGACAGGACAGAUCUGUUUGCUGGUUCUUUCCUCAAAGAGCUGUCGAUGAUUCAGUUUUUGUGUUCUGAAAGAGCUCCUGCAGAACUUAUUUUUCUUCAUUCACAAUACCAAGACAUGAGUGGCAUGCUUCCUCUGAUUCGAUUCAGUGGAUCUCAAUUGAACCCCAAAUUCAAACAAACGGAUGUUAUCCAUUUGCUCUGGACAUCUUGUCCAAUUCUACCAGAAAAGGCCACACCAUCAAGCAUAAAGGACCAGGAUGGCAGCACACUCACUGGACAAGAACAACUUGACCAAGUACUUACCAUGUUAAAUGUGAACUUGGAUCCACCAUUGGACAAGGUCAUAUGCAACUGCAAGAACAUCUGCAACAUUUCCAAUCCAGAUGAUGACAUGGUGAAAACAAGGAACAAAGUUUUACGGUCCACCUAUGAAUUUCUAAGCGGUGACAAGCGAGACUUCCGAUACCAGCUUCGUGGGGUGUCGUUUGUUAUGGUUGAAGAUGGUUGGAAACUACUGAAACCUGAGGAGGUUGUCAUCAAUCUGGACAAUGAAUCUGACUUCAAGCCCUACUUAUACAAACUACCAUUAGAGCUUGGCACCUUUCAUCAGCUGUUCAAGCUUCUGGGCACAGAAGAUAUUGUAUCAACCAAACAGUAUGUUGAAGUAUUGUGCCGCAUUCAUAGAAAUUCUGAGGGCAAGCAGCUUGAUCCCAAUGAGAUGAGAACUGUGAAAAGGGCUGUCUCUGGACUGUUCAAAACUCUCCAAAAUGAUCCAGUGGAAAUUCGCAAGGAUCUGGACAGUCUCAAAGACAUUACUUUUUAUCUGCCAAGCCAUGACGGCAGACUAGCAAAAUCAAAUAGUUUAGUAUUUGAUGAUGCUCCACACUACAAGAGCAGAAUCCAGGGUAAUGUUGGUGUUCAAAUGCUCGUAGAUAUGAGCCAGUGCUAUCUAGGCAAAGAUCAUUCUUUCCAUACAAAGCUGAUCAUGCUACUCCCGCAGAAGUUGAGGCCUAGACUUCUAAGCAGCAUCCUCGAAGAGCAAUUAGACGAAGAUUCUCCUAAAAUGUGCCAGUUUGGAGCCCUCUGUUCUCUCCAAGGUCGCCUACAGCUAUUACUGUCCUCAGAGCAGUUCAUUACGGGACUCAUUAGAAUCAUGAAACAUGAAAACGACAAUACAUUCCUUGUGAAUGAGGAAAAAGCCAUACGCCUCUGUAAAGCACUUUGCGAGGGACUGAAGGUCUCGUGUUUUGAGAAACUCCAAACAACAUUACGAGUCAAAGGAUGCAGCCCCAUUCCACACAGCCGCAGUGAAACGCUCGCAUUUCUGAAGAGAUACGGGACAUCUGUCAUCCACCUCUAUAUCCAACACUCAGACAGUAAGGACAUCAAUUUUCUCUUGGCAUUGGCCAUGACACUGAAAUCAGCCACAGACAAUUUGAUAUCCGACACGUCUUAUCUGAUCGCAAUGCUAGGUUGCAACGACAUUUAUAGAAUCACAGAGAAGUUGGAUAAUCUUGGUGUAAAGUAUGAUUCAACAGAACCCUCCAAACUGGAGCUGCCCCUCCCUGGAACACCCAUACCAGCUGAGAUACAUCACAUACUCCUGAUGGACCCCAUGAAUGUGUUUUAUCCAGGGGAGUAUGUAGGAUACUUGGUAGACUCCGAGGGGGGAGACAUCUAUGGGUCCUACCAGCCAACAUACACGUAUGCCAUCAUUGUUCAAGAAGUGGAAAAGGGUGAAGAUGAUAGCUCAAAAUGUUUCCAGAUUGACAUUGGCUAUAGCGAGUACAAAGUUGUGAGUUCCCUCGACUUGUACAAAUUCUCCAGACAUGAUGACAGUUCUCAGGUAAAAGACAGUGGUGCUCCGUCAACUCCAACAAGCCCAAGUCGUUCAGCGAGUCCCCGAAUGACACCACCUCUGUUUCCUGGAAAGGAAAAUCAGAGACCCAGUGCGCAAAAGCAUUCCCCUAAAAAGAUCAAGAUUCACACGUUGCCUGAAAUUCUGAAAGAAGUGACCUUAGUUGUGGAGCAAGCUUGGAAGCUUCCGGAGACGGAAAGGAAGAAAAUGAUAAGACGAUUGUAUCUCAAAUGGCAUCCAGACAAAAACGCAGAGAAUCUUGACAUCGCCACAGAGGUGUUCAAGCACUUACAGAGCGAGAUCACCAGGAUGGAAAAGCAAUCUUUAAGUGAUCAGCAAAACACAGAAAGGACCUCCAGGAGGCCCUUCUCUACCUCGUCUACACGCUUCCAGUCAGAAAAGUUCUCGUUCCAAAGAUUCUACACCUCAUGGAACCAGGAGGCAGGCAGCCAUAAGUCAGAGAGGCAACAAUUCAGAGAUCAUUAUCCCACCAGCUUCGCAGGUUCAUCGCAUUCAAAUCGCUUCUUUGUGCCCCCAACAUUCAAGUCCGUCGGAAACCCUGUAGAAGCCCGCAGGUGGCUGAGGCAAGCAAGGGCAAACUUUUCCGCAGCCAGGAAUGACCUUCAUAAGAACGCCAAUGAGUGGGUGUGCUUCAAAUGCUACCUGGCUACAAAACUAGCACUGAUAGCAGCUGACUAUGCGGUUAGAGGAAAGUCAGACAAAGAUGUGAAACCAACCUCUCUGGCACAGAAGGUGGAAGAGUACAACCCCAACUUAACUGGUCUUACCAACGAUGUUCAAAUCCUUGAGGGAUAUGGUGUAGACAGUCUCAGAACCCGCUAUCCCGACCUGCUGCCCUUCCCACAGAUUCCCAACGACAGAUUCACCUCGGAGGUAGCAAUGAGAGUGAUGGAGUGCACUGCACGGAUUAUCAUUAAACUUGAAACUUUUGUCCAGCAAAAAAUAUAAAGUGGGCGCUAUACCGCUGUUAAAAUACAGGGAUGGAAAGUUAUGGAGGCAUUAUGCAUUUAACCUCUCGUAAAGGGUAGAUCAGAGAUUGUGUACAAUACAGAGUACCUUCUUUAUUUUGAGGCAAAUUCAAGUAUCCCAGCUGGCAGCUUAAGAUACAUAUGCAGUGGCUGAACGGCGAUAAGGUUGGGGCCUAUGCACAAUGUAUAAAUGUAUGGCUGCUGAAAUCACAUGAAGAAGCCGUCUCAUGUUAUGUGUUGCUGUAGUCUGUGAAUUUAUAAACCUGCAAUCUGCAAAUGCUGUACAUAUACCUGUGCUGAGCAAUAUAUUUGUUUACCAAAGUCCCAAUGUCGGAUAUCUUUGAUCUCAGUUUGAGGGCAUUUUGCUGCUUUUUUUGUACUUUAGUUUUUAUAAAAGUAUAUUUUCCUCCCAGAUGACCCUUGACUCUAUUUACGGUUGUAAAAAGAAAAUGCGACAAAGCUAUUGCUUCUCUAUAAAGAUCAAGAAUUGCCACUAUAAGGGUUAGGAUCGUGUAAAUGUCAAAACACUUGUUUGUAUAUUUACCUUUUAAUUAUUUAAUAUUUUGAUGGUUGAUUUCCUAUCAUCACUGUAAACAUUGUAAAUGUUUUCUGUAACAUAGCCUACUGCUUGUUAAUUGACAAAGCACUUUUACUAGCCCUGUUUAGCAUUUGUAUCACCCUGGCAACCAGCGAGAAUUCAACUGCAAAAAGUUGCCUUUUCAUCAAAUCCUAAUUGUUUGUUAUGUUAGAGGAUCAUAUAUUGAGCUGUAUUUAUAAUACAUGUAUCAUUUCAUCCAUGGUCGAAGAACUGUUCUCCCCCAAGGAUGCCAUUGUGUUAUUAUGUUUUCCCCCAUAGUUUAGAGAAGUCAGAGAGAAGUCAGAUUUUGUAUUAGCGACCCCCAGUAAAUACCAAUUGUGUGGCCAGAAAAAAAACAUAGAAUAGCUGUACAACAGCUGAAUAUUACAAUACAUGCACGUAAGAUUGAAAUUUCCACUGGUGCAAUGACUUUUGGGUACAUUCAUUGGUUUAGUUUUGCCAACACAUAAUCAUUUUCUCGGAUAUUUCUGUUGUCGGGCCUUUAAUGACUUCAAUCCUCAUGAAAUUGUAAAAUUAAUUUUUUACUGUUUUACUAUUGAUGUUUUUCAAGGCUGCAAAAACCUGUGGCAACUCAAAUCAUUUCUGAAAAUGCUGUGCUUGUGGUCUCAAUAAAUACAACUACUCUGAUGUGAAUGAACUCUCAAGGAAGUAUCCUUGAAGACCCGUUAAAACUAAAAUAAGCAAUGGAAAACAUUGUAUGUCAUUUGCUGAUUUACACUGUGCCAUAAUUAAUAAAUCCUCCUUCAUUCAA